AUGUCGCGUGCGCUGCCUGCAAGGCCUGUCAGAGCCAGGAAGCGGUGUGUAUGCGCUCAGGUCAGGGGUUUCCAUCCGAACAAUCAAAUAAUUGUUAGCAAUUAGCGUUAAAAGGUUCGUUUGCAUGCUCUGUGGAUAUUAAUAUAGAAGGGAAUAACUGGAGUUGAAUUUCCGGCAGGUCCAUAGACGUGUGUGUUGCCUGAAUGCUCAGACAUCAAUUUGCUAGGACGUAACCAUGAAUAAAAACAAAAGGGAGAAGGAAUUCUACAGUAUAGAAGUGGGGGAUUCAACAUUCACAGUUCUGAAGCGUUACCAGAACCUGAGACCGAUCGGCUCAGGAGCACAGGGAAUAGUCUGUUCAGCAUAUGACCAACAUCUUGAAAGAAACGUAGCUAUUAAGAAACUUAGCCGGCCUUUUCAGAAUCAGACACAUGCCAAGCGAGCAUACAGAGAGCUGGUGCUAAUGAAGUGCGUCAACCAUAAAAAUAUUAUUGGCCUUUUAAAUGUUUUUACACCACAAAAAUCAUUAGAAGAAUUCCAAGAUGUUUACCUUGUAAUGGAGCUGAUGGAUGCCAACCUUUGCCAAGUCAUUCAGAUGGAGCUUGACCAUGAGCGGCUGUCCUAUCUGCUGUACCAGAUGCUGUGUGGAAUUAAACACCUCCAUGCGGCAGGGAUCAUCCACAGGGACCUGAAACCUAGUAACAUAGUAGUCAAGUCAGACUGUACCCUAAAGAUCCUGGACUUUGGCUUGGCUCGGACAGCGGCCACUGGUUUGCUGAUGACACCAUAUGUGGUGACUCGCUACUACAGAGCCCCUGAAGUCAUCCUGGGAAUGGGAUAUCAAGCCAAUGUUGAUGUCUGGUCUGUUGGCUGUAUCAUGGCUGAAAUGGUCAGAGGUAGUGUGUUGUUUCCAGGCACUGAUCAUAUUGAUCAGUGGAACAAAGUCAUUGAGCAGCUGGGGACCCCAUCCCAAGAGUUCCUGAUGAAACUCAAUCAGUCUGUAAGGACGUAUGUAGAGAACCGGCCUCGCUACGCCGGGUACAGCUUUGAGAAGCUUUUCCCUGAUGUUCUUUUCCCUGCUGAUUCAGAUCACAACAAACUCAAAGCGAGCCAAGCUCGAGACCUGCUUUCCAAAAUGCUAGUUAUAGAUGCUUCCAAGCGUAUCUCAGUAGAUGAAGCUCUACAGCACCCCUACAUUAACGUGUGGUAUGAUCCAGCUGAAGUUGAGGCUCCCCCUCCAGUGAUCACUGACAAGCAGUUGGAUGAACGGGAACACACAGUGGAGGAGUGGAAAGAGUUGAUUUAUAAGGAAGUGCUGGACUGGGAGGACAGGGCGAAGAACGGCGUGAUCCGUGGCCAGCCCGCUCCUCUAGGUGGAGCAGUAGUCAAUGGCUCGCCUCAGGCUUCUUCCUCCUCCUCCAUCAACGAUGUGUCCUCCAUGUCUACAGAGCCCACCAUGGCGUCAGACACCGACAGCAGUCUGGAGGCCACAGCCGGAGCACUGAGCUGCUGCAGAUGACUAUCACCUUCCCCUGGAGCAUCACUAUGUGUCGCAUGGUAUCAGAUUUAGGCCAGUCAGUUUUGCUUUUCUUCAUGCUCAUCCUUUAACUGCCUUUUUUUUAAUCUAUAUUUUUAUUGGGUAAAGAAAGUUUGCACUGCAGAGGUAAUGUAAAUACACACGCAGUAAUCAUUGUGUAGGUCGGCAUUAUUUGCUUCCUCUCUAAAUACUGCAAGAUUCCAUCGACAUUUUAUUCUCCCAUUAAGACGCUCCAGCUGCCCCUAACUACUGAAUGUGAGUACUUUUAACAUACUCACUUAAUUCUUCCUUUAAAAGAACAUAUUGUUGUAGAAUGUAAAGACUAAAUUGUAAAUAUAUUUAUUUAUUUAUUUCAUUUUAUUUUACUUUGUGUAUGGGUGGGUUUUAUGUUUGAAUGGGUGUAUCUGGGGCUACCAGCUUCCUUAUAGUAUUUUGAUCAUUUAGAUAGUGGAUGUAAAAUAUUAAAUUUCUAUCAGUGGAGUAUAGCUAUUUAAUUUCCGUUGUUUUAAGAUGAUUUCAUCAUCUUGGUGGUUCCUACAGCUCUGACCCAGAAUUAGUUUUUCAUUUGUACGUUUUUGUUAGAGCAAGGAAUUGUUUAUGGCAUCCAAACUACUUCGUAUAUAUAGAUUAAAGGUUAUUUAAUGAGGGUGCAUGGACCUCUAGUUUGGCUUUAGCUCUGCAAUUUUUAAAAUAUUUUAUUUAUUAUUAUUUUUGGUUGAUUGUGGCAAAAAAAAGACUGAUAUAUUGUAUGUCAAUCACCUCAUCAUGGCUUUCAGAAUUAUUCUUCCCAAUUUUGGUUCAACCAAAUUUGAAAUGUAAUUCACAAUUUACAACUACUGGAUAUUUAAUCCAGUUUAAACAGUAUUUAAAGGUAGUUCUCUUAUACUUGAAAUGCUGUCCUGCACUGAAUGUGGAGUAGGCCAUUGCGAAUCAAGGAACGUAUUCUCAUUUUUUUUGUACGCAAUAUCUAUUUAUAGUUCAUGACGUCAGCUGAUUAUUUUUGUGAAAUGUAACAAAAAAGAUUUCAGUGAUCGUUUUAAAAGGUAUUUUUAUUUAUAAUUUUGGAAAUGAUGGAAAGGUUUGUAAUGACCGGUGCUGUAAAAAUAAAUGUCGUGUUUGAAGUGUGUCUGUUACGUUAGCUGCGUCUGUACUGCAUUAUAGGAGAGUUUAUUGUUGACAGUUUGAGCUGUUUGUCUUAUGUAAGACUUUUUUCUUCUUUACCAAAGUUUUUUUUUUCUUUCAUGUGUAAGAUUAAAAUAAGUUGUUAAGAAUGAAUGAAUGAUUAUGAAUGUUAGUGAGAACGUCAGUUUUGCUUUUUAAAAAGAGAACCCUUGCAACAGGUUUUGGGUUUGCGUCAUUUCUAGUUUUAAGUGCUCUUACGACUGUGAUGAUAACUCUAAAUGACCCAUUGGAAAUUUUUAACUGCUAGUGUUUAACCUGGAAAUAAAUUGGAAUUUGCACAAAAGCAGUUACCAUGUGCUGCAUUAACGGAGGACAGAGCAGGAUCAGCUUCAGUAGAAUUUGAACUACCUCACGCUUAACGUUUUAGUUCACAGUUGUGUUUUGCUUUGUGAAUUUUAUCAUGUUUGUUUAUUCAUUUCAAAAGUCAUAACUGUUACAAUGAUAGCUGUGACUGUAUGGAUUUGUGUGAAUGCUAUGUAUGUAGUGUGUGCACCAUGUAGUUUUAAAUGGACAAGUGAUUUGCUACCACGACCCUCGUUAGGAUAAAAGCGGAAUAUGAAUGAUUUGCUCUUUUUUUUAAUUAUUAAUUCAUGUAGAAUGCUAUUUUAAAUCCUUCCCUAUAAGUAAUAAGAAUCCUGUCAUUUCAGUUUUUUCGUUCUGAGAUCAAGUUUCAAGGAGUUGUGUUCGACUAAACGUAUUUUGUGCGCCAUGUGGUUCUUUUUUUUUUUUUUAAACUGAUAACCCAAUCUGAACCUUAUAAAUAAGCCCAUUUCAUUACACUUUGCCAUUUGAUCUGGAUGCUUGCAGCAUUUAUGGAAACCUUACACUAGCCAUUAAAUACAGUAUAAUCGCACACAGCUUGGACAUUUCUCCAACUACGUGAACUGCUAAUGGAGCUGAGUUGAGAAUGCAAAAUACCAAUUGUUAGAAAGACAACAAAAGUAAGAGCAUGAUUUGGUGAUGGUUGCUGUAGAACGCUCCACACAUGCAGUUAUAUGUAAAGGACGUCAGUGUGUACCACACCAUUAGAGUGCACUGGCAUUCAACAGUGUUGUAACCACUGCAAAUAAACACAAGCCAAAAAUAA